CGCCGGCGGAGCCGAGUCCCAGGGGUAGGGGGGCGGGCGGCGGGCGCCGAGGGGAGCCAGGGCAGCGGGAGGCAGGGCAGCAGGCAGCGGCAAGCAGCGGCUCCCCAGUCCUCACCGCGCACAGUCCGAUGCCCGGCAGCCCGGGUCGAGGAGCGACUGCGCUUUCCUGCCGUGGCACGGCGAGUGUCUGCAGCCUAGGAGUUUUCCUGAAGCAGCCGUCACACCGGGAGCACUUUUGGUAGAGAGGGAGCAGGAGGAGACACCCCCCCCCGAAAUGACUUUCCUCCCGAGGCGCGACUGAAGGGGACUUACUGGAGUGGAACCGUAGUGGAAUUUGAGUCCGGAGAGGAGUUGCUCACGCUUUUUUUUUUUUUUUUCCCCCCUCUUCUUCUCUCUGUUCCCUCCCCUCUUUUCGCCCGUCAUUGGAAAUGAACAAAUUGCAUUUGCAAUUCAGAAAGUAGAAAUAUUAAAUAUUCCGUCCCCCGGGAAGCACACAUGUAGUAAUGACAAAGGAUUGCAAAGGAGAGAGUGGCUCCAGUUUCCCAGAGAGAUCCCCUUAAAUGGAUUACUAAAUGGGACACUACAUCAGCUAGUUCUGUCCUCUAGCUGCCUAGAUACAUGCACCGAAAAGGGUGAAGUGAGGAAGUGAAGCCUCCCAGCUGAACUACUAUGAGGUCAGAAGCCUUGCUGCUAUAUUUCACACUGCUACACUUUGCUGGGGCUGGUUUCCCAGAAGAUUCUGAGCCAAUCAGUAUUUCGCAUGGCAACUAUACAAGACAGUAUCCGGUGUUUGUGGGUCACAAACCAGGGCGGAACACCACACAGAGGCACCGGCUGGACAUCCAGCUGGUCAUGGUAAUGAACAGGACCCUCUACGUUGCUGCUAGGGACCAUAUUUAUACUGUUGAUAUGGACACAUCAUAUACAGAAGAAAUUUAUUUUAGCAAAAAAUUGACAUGGAAAUCUAGACAAGCCGAUGUAGACACGUGCAGAAUGAAGGGAAAACAUAAGGAUGAAUGUCAUAAUUUUAUUAAGGUUCUCCUAAAAAGAAAUGAGGAAACAUUGUUUGUCUGUGGAACAAAUGCAUUCAACCCUUCUUGCAGGAACUACAAGAUGGAUACCCUGGAGUUCCUGGGAGAUGAAUUCAGUGGAAUGGCCAGGUGCCCCUAUGAUGCAAAGCAUGCCAACGUUGCAUUGUUUGCAGAGGGAAAGCUGUAUUCUGCCACAGUGACCGACUUCCUUGCUAUAGAUGCGGUCAUAUACCGGAGCCUUGGAGAUAGCCCAACUCUGCGGACAGUUAAACAUGACUCAAAGUGGUUGAAAGAACCAUACUUUGUCCAAGCAGUGGACUAUGGCAAUUACAUUUACUUCUUCUUCCGGGAAAUAGCAGUGGAGUACAACAGCAUGGGAAAGGUAGUUUUCCCAAGGGUGGCUCAGGUUUGCAAAAAUGACAUGGGAGGAUCUCAGAGAGUGCUGGAAAAACAAUGGACUUCCUUUCUCAAGGCUCGUUUGAACUGCUCGGUUCCUGGCGAUUCACACUUCUACUUUAACAUACUGCAAGCAGUUACAGAUGUUAUCCAUUUCAAUGGCCGGGAUGUUGUUUUAGCAACCUUCUCCACUCCAUAUAAUAGCAUCCCUGGCUCGGCAGUCUGUGCCUAUGACAUGCUUGACAUCGCCAAUGUAUUUACUGGGAGAUUCAAAGAACAAAAGUCUCCAGACUCCACAUGGACACCAGUUCCCGAUGAACGAGUGCCCAAGCCCAGGCCCGGUUGCUGUGCUGGCUCUACAUCAUUAGAAAAAUACGUAACUUCUAAUGAGUUCCCGGAUGAUACUCUGAACUUCAUCAAAACACAUCCACUGAUGGACGAGGCUGUACCUUCCAUUGUCAAUCGACCCUGGUUCCUGAGAACAAUGGUCAGAUAUCGCCUGACCAAAAUUGCCAUGGACUCUGCUGCUGGGCCAUAUCAGAACUACACCGUGGUUUUCUUGGGAUCAGAGAAGGGAAUCAUCCUGAAGUUCUUGGCACGGACAGGAAACAGUGGUUUCCUAAAUGACAGCCUUUUCCUGGAGGAGAUGAACAUUUACAAUCCUGAAAAGUGCAGCUACGACGGCGUGGAGGACAAGCGUAUCAUGGGCAUGCAGCUUGACAAGCCCAGCAGCGCCCUGUACGUCGCCUUCUCCACUUGUGUCAUCAAGGUUCCCCUGGGACGUUGCGAGCGUCAUGGCAAAUGCAAAAAGGCCUGCAUUGCGUCCCGAGACCCCUACUGCGGAUGGGUGAGGGAGAGCGGAGUGUGUGGACAGCUGGUCCUUGGCUCCAAAUUGGCAUUUGAACAGGACAUAGAACAUGGCAAUACAGAUGGCCUGGGUGACUGCCAAAAUUCCUUCGUAGCCCUGAAUGGACACUCCAGUUCCCUAGUCCCAAGCACCACCACUUCUGACUCUCGCGCUCGACAGGGUUAUGAUGCUAGGGGACGCAUGCUGGAUUGGAAGGAUCCGCUUGGUUCAUCUGAAAAUACAGAUCCAUAUGUGGCAGUUUCAUCCCAUAAUCAUCAAGACAAGAAGGGAGUGAUUCGUGAGAGUUACCUGAAGGGUCAUGAUCAGCUGGUGCCGGUCACCCUGUUGGCCAUUGCUGUUAUUCUUGCUUUUGUCAUGGGGGCUGUCUUUUCGGGAAUCAUAGUGUACUGCAUCUGCGACCAUCGCCGCAGAGAUGUGACUGUUGUGCAGAGAAAGGAGAAGGAGCUGACCCACUCCCGCCGCGGCUCCAUGAGCAGUGUUACUAAGCUCAGUGGCCUCUUUGGGGAUGCUCAGUCCAAGGAGCCAAAGCCUGAAGCUAUCCUCACGCCUCUGAUGCACAAUGGCAAGCUGGCUACCCCAGGCAGCACUGCCAAGAUGCUAAUCAAAGCUGACCAGCACCAUCUGGACCUGGCCGCCCUGCCAACCCCUGAGUCCACCCCAACCCUACAACAGAAGAGAAAGCCCAGCCGUGGCAGCAGGGAAUGGGAGAGAAACCAGAACCUCAUCAAUGCCUGCACAAAAGAUAUCCCCCCAAUGGCCUCACCCGUGAUCCCAACCGACUUGCCGCUCAGAGCUUCUCCUAGCCACAUUCCCAGUGUUGUGGUCCUGCCCAUAGCCCAGCAAGGCUACCAGCACGAGUACGUUGACCAGCCAAAAAUGAGCGACGGGGCUCAGAUGUCUGUGGAGGACCAGAAUGCCACCCUUGAGUACAAAACCAUCAAGGACCAUCUCAGUAGCAAAAGCCCUAGCCACGGUGUUAACCUGGUGGAAAAUCUUGACAGCAUGCCACCAAAAGUACCCCAGCGGGAAGCUUCCCUCGGGCCCCCGGGCACCUCGCUGUCACAGAGUGGCCUGAGCAAGCGGCUGGAGAUGCACUCUUCUGCUUACAACGUGGACUACAAGAGAAGCUACCCUACAAACUCGCUCACAAGAAGUCACCAGACGUCAACCCUCAAAAGAAACAACACUAACUCCUCUAACUCGUCCCACCUCUCCCGCAAUCAGAGCUUCGGCCGGGGUGACAACCCACCGCCAGCUCCGCAGCGAGUGGACUCCAUACAAGUCCAUGCUGCUCAGGCACAGGCUGUAACUGUAUCUCGGCAGCCAAGUCUCACCACCUACAACUCACUGACAAGGUCAGGGUUGAAACGCACGCCCUCGCUAAAGCCAGACGUACCUCCCAAACCUUCCUUUGCUCCGCUCUCCACGUCCAUGAAGCCCAAUGAUGCGUGUACAUAAUCAGAGUGGGGUUGGGGGGGGGGGGAGGACGGCAGUUAAGCAGAGGUUGCCCUUGAAAGCCAGUGUUCUGCAACUGUUAUCGCUUACUCCUCUGAGAAGAUGGUUGUUGCAAGCUGAAGAUGCGUUGGAUUUCUGCUCUCUGGGAAAAGUGGAAUAUUUUUUUAAACCCGAGCCAUAUGACCCAUGGUUGAAGGUUUGCAAUUGCAGGACUCACCCCCACAACCCGCCAGUUCUUUGCUCAAAAGAAUAACCCUCCAUCACAAACAUUGAGCCAAAAGCACACAGGUGAAAAAUGACUGUGACAUUUCACCCCCCACCCCCCCAACUGCACAGUGCAUUCCUAAAAAGUGAAACAAAUAAUUACAAAAACAAACAAAUUUAAAAAAGAAAAAAGGAAAAAAAAAAGAAUCCAUUGAUAAAGCUAACUGACUUAACAAUGGCAGAAGUUUACUACGUGCAGGUACUGUGAAACAAUGCACAUCAGUGUUACAGCCAUUUGGUUACAGCAGUUAAAUGCCGUGUUGGGCAAAAUAUGUCAUAGAGUUCUGCUACCCUUCUCUUUUAAUGAAUAACAUUUGACUGUUAACACAAGUAACUCCUCUUAUUUAUUGUUCAACUUUUGUUUUUCCUAAGGAAAUGACUUCUGCAUAUCAUCCUGUGAGCAGCUCUUCAGAGAAGUACCUUGAAAGUUAUACCUAUUUAACGUGAAACCCAUUAACUGGAGUAAUUAAAACUCUUUUAUUUUUCCAAGAAGUUCACUGAGUUAGAUAAGUUGGAGCUGGAAUUCUGAACUUUGUGCCUGGGCUGCCUGAUUAGCUGAAAAAAAAGGGGAUAUCUAUUUAAGUCUCUCAGCUAAUUAGCUGGCUGGGCCUCUGACCUAAGACAGAGACAAACAAAUACCGCAAGUUCAUAACUUCUAAAGCAACUGCAAGAGAAACUCUUAAAAGCCGCACAUUUGUGCACCAUUGCUAUCAACAUGGCUUUGUCAGUAGCUAAUACUUUCUGUGAAGGCACCAGCUUGUGAUGUGCCAUCUCAUUUCACCUUGCAUGUGAGACGGCAAACAAAAUCCUCAAACAGUGUGAACUAGUUAAUAUGCCGGCUGUUACCAUGCAUAAAUUAUGGUCUUAUCACACGGGUUUUUCGUGGGAAUAUAUCUGUGAAUAGCCUGUUUUCUUCCACAUGUAAAUUUGUGCCUUACACCCUCAGUUGUGUAUACUUGUGAGCUGUAGUAUGUAAAACCUUUUUAUUUUUCCCCUUUGAGUAAUGCAAAUAUUUAUUGAUCCUUCCUUCUCCAAGCCC